UGUUGGACCGCUUUGCUUUUCUUCAGGACGGUGAUGUAGCCACCAAAGCUAGCUAUGACAACCGACAGCCGCUGCCAAUAUGAUUCUCUCUGCAAUGUUUAAGUUUCCCUGUUGAUAAGAAAACGACUUUAAAGAAGAAACAGCAGCUGCAAUAACUGUCACGCUGAGCUGAGUAGCAUGCUGGACGUGGGGAAGUGGCCAGUGUUUGCACUCCUUCCUCCUGAGGAACUACGGCUUAUCCGCCAGGCUUGUGUCUUCGGUAGUGCUGCUAACGAAGCUCUCUAUGUUACUGUUAAUGAUGAGGUCUUUGCCUUAGGCACCAACUGUAGUGGCUGCUUAGGCCUUGGAGACCUUCAAAGCACUAUUGAGCCGCGCAGGAUUGAUAUCUUGUGCGGAAAGAAGAUUGUGUCCCUGAGCUAUGGUACAGGACCGCAUGUGGUUAUCGCCACUGCAGACGGGGAGGUGUUCGCCUGGGGUCACAAUGGCUACAGCCAGCUGGGAAAUGGGACCACCAACCAUGGUCUGACCCCUGCCCUGGUCUCCACCAACCUAAUCAGCAAGAGGGUGACAGAAGUGGCCUGUGGCUCCCACCACACCAUCGCUCUCACAAGUGAUGGAGAGGUGUAUGCGUGGGGCUACAACAACUCGGGCCAAGUAGGAUCUGGGUCGACUGCCAAUCAGCCAACACCACGUCGGGUUAGCAGCUGUCUGCAGAACAAAGUGGUGGUCAACAUAGCCUGUGGCCAGCUCUGCUCGAUGGCUGUCCUGGAUAAUGGAGAGAUUUAUGGUUGGGGCUACAACUGCAAUGGGCAGCUGGGUUUGGGAAACAACGGAAAUCAGCAAACUCCAUGCAGAAUCGCUGCUCUGCAAGGUGUCAACAUUGUUCAGGUGGCAUGUGGAUAUGCGCACACAUUGACACUUACGGAUGAGGGAUUUGUUUAUGCGUGGGGAGCCAACUCCUAUGGACAGCUGGGAACAGGCAAUAAAAGUAACCAAGCGCUCCCCAUCCUAAUAAAUACAGACAAGGAAAGGAUGGUGGAGGUAGCUGCCUGUCACACCAGCCACACGUCAGCUGCUAAGACGCAGAGCGGGCAGGUCCUGAUGUGGGGUCAGUGUCGAGGUCAGGCCGUGUCCAGCCCUCAUCUUACCCACUUCAGCAGCACUGAUGACGUGUUUGCCUGCUUCGCCACGCCGGCCGUCACGUGGCACCUUCUCUCAGUGGAUGGAGAUGACUACCUGACAGUUGCCCAGUCUUUGAAGAAGGAGUUUGACAGUCCAGAGAUUUCUGACCUUAAGUUCUUAGUUGAUGGGAAGUGCAUAUAUGUUCACAAAGCUCUUCUGAAGAUCAGGUGUGAGCAUUUCCGUACUUUGUUGAAUGAAACAGAUGAAGAUGUUAUAGAAAUUCACCAGUUCUCAUAUUUAGUGUACAAAGCCUUCCUGGAGUAUCUCUAUACAGACAAUAUUAACCUGCCACCAGAGGAUGCUAUUGGGUUGCUUGACUUGGCAACGUUUUACCGAGAGAUGAGGCUCAAAAGAUUGUGUCAGGAAACUAUCAAGCGGGGCAUUUCUGAAGAGAACGCCAUCACGCUGCUUUCUGCCGCCGUCAAGUAUGAGGCUCGGGACCUGGAGGAGUUCUGCUUCAAGUUUUGUGUCAACCAUCUUACGGCUGUCACUCAGACCCAGGCUUUUGCAGACAUGGAUCAUGACCUGCUCAAGAACUUCAUUAGUAAGGCAAGCCGCUACGGGGCCUUCAAAAACUAAAGCGCCCCUGUAGCGAUGGAUUCUUGACAAUAUGUUUUAAUUCUGCAAAAGGAGAGCUGACCAAAGUGAACAUUGAGCUGUUCAGCUCUGCAAAGACUUGUUACUGGGGAUGUAAACACUGAAGAGGCGAGUGGUUUCUGGUGGCAGUGGCUAUCUGAUCCUGCCGUGUUACUACUCUAAGCCUUGUCCAAACAUGGUGAAGUGGCACAGAAGCAUUGGGUUACUCUACUAAUCCGGCCUUAACAUGAAGAAGUACAGCAGAGGUUGCAGUUUGUCAGACGUGCAUUACUAAGAUCAAGCUUAACUGCGCCUCCAUCUGCCUGGUUUAAAGCAGACAUACAACAAACAUACAAAUGGAUGCCUGUUUCUUAAAAUGCUGUAUGGUUAUUUACAUUUAUCCCUAUAAAUGAUAAAUUUAAGGACUUUUAAUUGCAAACUUCCAAAUUCUGCUGGAAGCUUCGACUGAGCUUUAAAGCAAUCAGUGAAAAAUAAAUCAGCCCUUCUUAUUCUGCUGCAACCUACACAUCAGUCAGUCGAUAUCUAUCAGAGAUACAUGUGUAUAUACUGUAUAUAUGUUUUCUGUUUUUACACUAAUGUAAAGCAAAAGAAGACAUGUGUGGUCAUUAGAAAUGGUUCCAUCAUAUUGGGUGAUCCAGUGGAAAGCUUCAUACUCUGUUGUUUACAGAAUCUAAGCUUAUGAAGAGCAGAAAGUAGUGCAGAGUUGAUAUAUCAUGGAGAACCAAUCACUGCUCAGAAAUAAAUUACUAGAAAGUUAAUCAUAAAACUUAGAUUUUUUUUCAUAUUCCUUAUGUUAUUUGGAUGCUUUGGUUCUCAUAAAUUUGAAAAGUGAGAAUUUUGCAAAGCGUCCAAACUGUUCUGCUUAUAAUGCCCUAUUUAGUAUUUAGCAACUCUAUAGUUAUUGGCAUCUCUGGUAAAGAUGUGUUCAAAACUCUCGAGUGGAAGGAUUGUUAACAUGGAGAAACUGUGAUUACAUUCUUUGUUGCAGUUCUCUAACCAUAAGCUUUGAAAUUUGUUUUUCUUCUUCCUUCCUCACUGUUGGUUUUGUCUGCAUCUACCCUUGCUUGUAUGUUGAAGUUGUUUUAAACUUUUUGGGAGGUUAUCUAUUGUCUUGCUGCCAUUUUCUGACAUUAGCACACACCUAACUUACUUAAAUGAAACAUUCUUUUGUUUUCCCCACUUUAAAGACAGACUUUGGAAAAAAAAGAGCAUGAACCAAACAGUAAGUCAAUAAUUACUGAUUUGACUACUUUACCCUCUAAUCUACUGUAGAGGUAUGCAUUGAAAAUUCACAGUUUGCAUCACUUUUGACUAUGCAAACAAACAAAACAUAUUUUGGAACUGUAACUAUGACAAUAUUUUUUUUUUGUCUUUUGGUAUCUGAUUUCCAUUUCUGACCCAACUUUACAAAAAGCUUCACAGACACUAAUUUUAGCAAAUUUCAAUUUUAUUUAAGAAUUAUAAAAUAAUUUAUAACAGCAUUCAAUAGUUUUUCUAACUCACUUUUUUCAAGCAGAGGUUAUGUCACACUGUAUGUGAGAAAGCCCUUGCUGUGCACCGCUAAACCUCUCUUUUUUUGCGCUGAACGUCUUGCUGUCGCUCACUCUUUCGCAGCCUGAAGGAACUGCAGACAUUUCUUGACAAGUUGUAGCAAAUACAACUUUUUACAGUUCUGCGUCCUCAGAUUUAUAUUUUAAACACAAUCCUGUUUUUGAAAAUAGCUAAGUUUGAGUAUUCUUUUUAUAUCAACAGCGUCCCAUACAAAAAAGGCUUGAUUACCUUAUCCUGACAUCUGGUGCUUUCAGUUAUCUGAAAAGUAACACAUUUUUCUUCCCAUUUCUGGCUGGUCAGAGACGAUCAAGUUGAAAAUCAUUUAUCGGUUUCCUGCCAAUUACUUACUAGAGCUCCAUUAGAUUUUCUUCUUUUUCUCGAAAUCAAAAACCAAAAAGCAACACAUAUAUUGCAUCUUCAUCCUGGGUGACAGUAAUUGUAGAGGAUGCUAUAUGUUUGACAUCUUCAAUUCAAAACAGUUUGCAUGGUAAUUUCAGAUUUAAUGAACAGUUUCACCACAUCUUUUAUUGUUUACUAAUUUAUGCCAUCAGAACAUGUUACAAUUGCUGAGCAAUUGUUAGCUAACACUUGGCCAGAAUGGAAAAGAAAUGUAUUUUUUUUUAAAUGCAAAAAUUUACUUUUAAUGAGCUUUAUAUGAUGUGAACUGUGCAGCUGGAAAUUGUGCUUUACUCACAACAAAUAUCACAAAAUCCAUGUUUACUGUUGCUGUGUGGAUGAAUUUAAAUAGAACUGUCUUUUUUUUUGGUAUGUUUACACAGAUUUGUUUUUUAAUUAUUAUUAAUGUUAUUGUUAAAUCAUUGUCAGCAGGUGUUUUUUUUUACAAUAAUAUACCCUCUUACAUCACCUUAUGGUAACAGGUACUGCUAGUAUUGCUUCAAUAAGCAGUUUAUAUUGUUUAGAAAAAUUGGAUAUAAAGAAAUAUCAGCUUGCUUUUACUUUGUAUGAUUGAUGCUGAUAAUGUCUGAUAGACAUGCUGAAAUAAAUAACAUAGUCAUAAA